AUGCUUGAUGAAAAAGAAAGUUUACGACCCUAUCCAAUCGAUCCCGAACAAGAUAAAGUUGUUCGUAAAAUUUUACGUGUCAAAGAAAAGGGUCCUGUAUCAAGAAUAGUAUCAUUUUUUUCCAACAUAUCUCAACGUGUAACACAUGCUAUUAGUCAAUAUGUCAAAGAAAAAUCGAAGGGAAACAAUAUUGAAGCAAAAGAAGCACAUGAAAUUAUUCCUCCACAUGUUUGUACACCAAUUGAUGCAAUAGAUUCGAAAUAUUUCUAUGCAAUUCGAGAUGGAAGAAUAUGGUUUAAACCAAUUGCUGUUCAUCCAGAUGGUCGAUGGAGAUUAUUAGGUAAAAAUGGAUAUGCUAAUAAGAAAAAAACUCCAUUAAUAUAUGUAAGUGCUGAUGGUGAUAAUCUUAUUGUUGUUGAUCAAAAUCAAACUAUUCAUUAUGCUAAAACGAAUCGAGUUAUUUGUCAAGUUUCAUUCAUUCGUCCACAAUGGAACAUAAUUCAAUCAAGUGUUACUUGGAGAGAAAAAUGGUUUGGCAUGGAAGGCGUUUGUUUGAUUGUAAAUCUUCUGAAAAAUCCAAUUUUACGAAUGGCUCCAAAUGCAAGAAGUAUUGCUGCAUCUCAUAAAGGCCCUGAUACAAUGUAUUAUACUGAUAUGAAUGGAAAAAAACAUCCAGAUCCAUAUGUUGGUGUAACAAGUAUCUAUACACUCAAUGGAGAUGGUACAAGAAUUUUUUUUGCUGAUCCAUGGUUACAUAAUAAAUUUCAAAAUGAAUUAACCGGUCCGGAAGAGGGUCAAUUUAAAGCUGAAACAUUAGCUGCAGGCGGUUCAACUAUAAUGCUUUUUCAAAGAGCACGCAAUGAAUUUGGCAAAGAAAUCAAUAAAAUCUAUACACGUUUCGCAGAUUUUGAUAGUAUUGGAUCGAAUCCGGCAUUGAAAGCAACAUAUAAUAAAAACAAUAGAAUACCAUUGAUACGUUAUGUACCAUCUGAAGAUUGGACUAGACAACCGAGUAUAAUUCUUUCGGGAAAGGCUCGUUUAACAAAAAAUAUAGCCGUACUUCAAAUUGGAUGGGGACAAAAUAAUCGACAAUUGCGUGUUCAAGGUCAAGAUACAAAUGGUCGAAAUGGUUAUUACUUUAAAAAUAUCUAUGAUAUGAUAUGGACAUUUGAGAUAACAGAUAAUGUCAUUAUUGAAGAAGAAGAAUUUUUACCUUAUUCUAUUCCUCAUAUAGGAUUCGAACAAGGCAUUAAAUUAAUAGAAGAUUAUAAAAAUGGUGUAUUGAAAUCUCGUGCUAUGAACAAGUUGUUAGAAGUUACAUUAGAAAAUUUUUCUAGAAGAGGUCUUAAUGAAAGAGGUUUACAUACAAAAUUAGUUCUUACGUUAGAAAAUGGUUUUAAAUUAUCUUUGCCACUCUAUGCCAGACGAGGAUGGAAAAGUUUAUUGGGUAUUUCGGAUAAAAAUAUUUGGAAAUUAAUAAUUCCAGAUGAAUAUUAUGAUGAAGAAGAUGAACAAGUGCAAGAAGUCUUACGUAGAAUCUUUAAAAAUAAACGAAGACAUCCGUUUUCAUCAAAUACAUCAACUCUUUCAAUUAAUACUAAAGAAUAUCAUGAUAAAAAUAUCAAAUCAUCAAAAUCUAAAGAUGAACAUUCUAAGUCGUCGUCAUCAUUAAUUAAUUUAUUUCGUUCUCAAACAAAACAAAUUAUUACUGCUGUACUUAAAUUAACACGACAAAGUGAAACUGAUUAUAAUAGUGGGAUACCUAUAACAUAUAAUCGUCCAUUAUCACCAAUUAAGGAUAGAGAACAAAUGCAAUUAGUUAAAAAUAUUGCUAUUGCUGUUCGUGAUCUUCUACAAACACUUGAUUAUGCACCUCUAUCUAUUAAAGAAAUGUCUGAGCAUCGUUACAGUCAUUUUUCCAAUUUAGUUGUUUCAUUAAUUGAAACAGUUCGACAACGAAAUUAUGAUAAAAUGGGUGAACAUGCUGUUAAUAUUGCUUACACAGCAAAAGCACUUUUUGAUGAUAUUCUUAAAUUAUGUUAG